AUGUACCUCGCCAAGGCUUUCUUUGUGGCUGUCGUUUCCUCGUGGGCAUUGGCCAUACCGUCCGACGGCUUUGCUCUCGAACGCAAAGAGGUCGCUGGAAAGAAACACAAGAAGCCCAAGAGCAAGGCGUUGCCCUUUCCAAGCGAGCUGCCCGGAAUCGAGCAGUACGACUGGCGGGAGCGGCCAUGGACUCACUACGUUGAUCAUAAAAUCUUGGACAAAAUGUACCCGGUGAAAUGGGACCAAGUGAACAUCGACCACGAUGACAUCGUCACCCCUUCUCUCCCACCCGACGUCAAGAUCCCCACCCCUUUCCUCCCAACCAACGACGAGAAGGUCAAGGAGCUCUAUUUCAAAGCACUCGCCGCAUACUUCGAAGACAGAGACAAGCCCGAGAAGAACAAGACGGCGGAGCUGUCGCAGAAAUGGCAAGACGUCAACGACUUCAACGAGAAGGCAAUCUGCUACUACUCGACUCACGCCUUCAACCUGAGGUGUGCCAAGAAGGAAGAUGCGAAGGCCAGACGAUGGCAGAUCAUCAAGUUCCGCCACCGGUACCAUAAGCUGAAGAACAAGCUGAUUGACGAGAUGCGGGUCGAGGGGCUGGUCAACUUUGGGAGAGAGUUGGCUGAUUAUUUACAGGUGACUGGGCAGACAUUUGGUGCAUCAGCAGGAGAUGGCAGGACUGUACCGUCGAGGCGAGGCGAAACAGGACCUAUCAACUCAUAUUUUCUCUCUCUCUCCUUUCUGUCCGUUCUCUCGAUUGUCGCCUCUCUUCUCUCGCCUCUCGCCUCUCGCCCUGAUCCUCUCGAGUCCAGGAGAUCUCAACACUUGGGAACUAGACUCCAAGACAGGACGAGAGUCCGGCUUCACGAAAUUUUUCGCGCAGACGCAGACGCAGCGAUCCACUCAAAAGCGUCACCCAAGCCCCAGACAAGACCAGCCCAGCCUAGGCAAUCGAACCUCGCUUCUGCCAAUGCCCUCUUCAUACUCUGUACCGAAGUGCAAAGGUUUUCGCCCGACACUCGAACUGCUCCUCUUGCGCUUCCUAUCGCCCUGGCAAUUCCUGCCCCCGCUCCCGUCGCAGAGCCGCCCUCCUGGGAUCACAGCGCGAGCAUCCCUGACCGAACGAACACCAGCCACCAGAGUCCAAGAACGAGAUCUGCUGGACUCGAUCAAGGGUGCCGGAAGCUACCUCUCCAGCGCUCUAGGCUCCGGGCCUAG